GGGUUCUAGUAACAGGGCGCGUGGUUCCCGGGAAGGGCGACUGUGCGCGUGCGCGUGCGCGAGAGCUAGAGGGGGAGAGCCUGAACUGUUUGCGCAUGCGCAGUUUCGCGGGCAGGAAGCCUGAGUCGAGCAGCUGAUAAUCGGACUUGCGAUGUUCGGGCUGCUGCUGCGGGCCGCCGGCUCCAUGUUGAAAGCUAGCUAGCGAGCUAACAAUGAAGGCCUAAUCCGACAGCGGUGGGAUUUAAACCUCUCUGCACUGGUCCGCGAAAAGAGGACGAAUGAACUCAGGCAUGGCUUCGCAGCUGCAAGUCUUCUCCCCCCCAUCCGUGUCUUCCAGUGCCUUCUGCCGGGUGAAGAAGAUGAAGGUGGAGAGCUGCGCAUGGGACACGGAAGCCUACGGCUCCUACAGCUUCAACCCUGCUCCUGCUCUCCCCUUCAGCACCUCGGGCCUGGUCUUUCCGCCUGCCUCUCGUUGCCAAGUGGUGGUUCGAGCUGCCGACAGCACCGGCAGCCACGCCCAGGCCCGCGGGGCAUCCCACAACACCCAGGCCUCAGAUCUCCACGCCACCCGCGGGCAGAGGUAUGGAGUGAAGCGGAAGAAUGAGGAGACGGAAAGGUCAGCAGGGGCUAACAGUGGCAGCGGGAGCGUCCAGAUCCUGGAGGAGCUGUCAGCGCCCGCCUUCUCCGCCCGCACCGCUGCUGUUGGCACCACGGCUCAGUCCAUCGCCCACUCCGCACCAACCACGAAGAGCAGCAGCUCAAACUGUGAAGGAGACUACCAGCUGGUACAGCAUGAGAUCCUCUGCUCUGUGUCUAGCAGUUAUGAAGUGCUGGAGUUCCUCGGGCGCGGCACGUUCGGACAGGUGGCCAAGUGUUGGAAGAGGGGCACCAAUGAAAUUGUGGCAAUUAAGAUCCUAAAGAACCAUCCGUCAUAUGCACGCCAAGGGCAGAUAGAGGUGAGCAUCCUGAACAGGCUGAGCGCUGAGAAUGCAGACGAAUACAACUUUGUGCGUUCUUACGAGUGCUUCCAACACAAAGGUCACACGUGCUUGGUGUUCGAGAUGCUGGAGCAGAACCUCUAUGACUUCCUGAAGCACAGCAAGUUCAGCCCGUUGCCUCUGCGCCACAUCCGGCCCAUCCUGCAGCAGGUGGCCACGGCGCUCAUGAAGCUGAAGAGUCUGGGCCUGAUCCACGCCGACCUCAAACCCGAGAACAUCAUGCUGGUGGAUCCCGUCAGGCAGCCGUACAGGGUGAAGGUGAUCGACUUCGGCUCAGCCAGCCACGUCUCCAAGGCCGUGUGCUCGACCUACCUGCAGUCCCGCUACUACAGAGCACCGGAAAUCAUCCUUGGCCUGCCCUUCUGUGAAGCCAUUGACAUGUGGUCACUGGGUUGCGUGAUCGCUGAACUUUUCCUCGGAUGGCCGCUGUAUCCUGGAGCGUCUGAGUAUGACCAGAUUCGCUACAUUUCUCAGACUCAGGGUUUGCCAGCAGAGUAUCUUCUGAGCGCCGGCACAAAGACCAGCCGUUUUUUCCACAGAGGUCCUGACUCCAGCUAUCCAUUGUGGAGACUGAAGACCCCAGCAGAGCAUGAGGCAGAAAUGGGCAUUAAGUCCAAAGAAGCACGAAAGUACAUCUUCAAUUGCUUGGAUGACAUGAUGCAGGUCAAUUUGUCCUCUCACCUGGAGGGCACGGACAUGCUGGCGGAGAAAGCCGACCGGCGGGAGUUCAUCGACCUGUUGAAACGGAUGCUGCGGCUCGACGCUGAUAAAAGAAUCACUCCCAGCAAGACCCUGGCACAUCCAUUUGUCACUAUGAGCCAUCUGCUGGACUUUCCUCACAGCUCUCAUGUGAAGUCGUGCUUUCAGAACAUGGAGCUAUGUAAGAGGAGGAACAGCAGUUAUGACAAUGGGAAAGCUCUGUUUGCUGCUAAUACUGUUCCUGGUGCUGCGGGCAACCUGACUGUGACCUUCAGUAGUCAGCUCAACCAGAACAACCAGGUUCCCUCUGCCGGAGGAGCAGUGCCUCUCCUCAAUUACCAGCCAGCUCUUUAUCAACAGGCCACCAUAAACAUCCCGGGUCUGGCCCAAUCCAGCAUCCCCCUUCAGAGCCGCCCACCUCAGCUGUGUGGCCAAAGCGAGCCGUUCCAGCAGACCCUCAUCGUCUGCCCACCCACUACCAUACAGGGUCUUUCAUCUUCCAGUAAGACCUCCAGCUACCCAGUGAGGAUGGAGAACGGUGUUCCAGUGGUCCAGCAGAGCCAGAACACACAGUCUCUCCAGAUUCAGCCAGGCAUGCUCACCCAGGGCUCCUGUACGCCGCUGAUGGUGGCCACAUUGCAUCCACAGGCAGCGGGCGUGCCCAUGGCCGCUCAGUACCCGCUGCCCCUGGCGCUGGGCUGCGGGGCAGGAAGGCCUUCCCUCCUGGAGCAGACAGCCACCGUGCUGCAGGCCUGGCAGACGGGCACACAGCAGAUCCUCCUGCCCUCAGCCUGGCAGCAGGUUUCAGGCAUGGCCCUUCACGGAGCAGGCACGGCAUCAACCCUCACCGAUUCACCGCUGGAAACCAUCCUCUCAGACAACUCUGCCCAGCAGACGCCAACCUGGAGGGCUUCUCAUGGUACAGUUCUCCAGCAGAACCCUCACGUACUGGACGCUGCUCAGUCCCUCGGCUGUGGAGUGUCCAGCGCUGCUCGGCCCUCGCAGAGCAAGAGGAACAGGGCUCGAGGUGGAGACACCAGCAACAGCUGUUCUUCUUACCACGCUGCCCUCUCCCAGCCAAUUAUCAUCUCCGACACACCAAGUCCGGCUGUCAGCGUCAUUACCAUUCACAGUGACUCGGAUGAGGAGGAUGAGAGAAAGUUUCACCCUGCCAGCUGUGGACCCAGUCAGAGAGCCAACGUUAUCAGCUGUGUGACGGUGCUGGACUCGGAUUCCUCCACCGCGAGCCCUCUGACCCCUCUGCCCCGGAAUGGCACUGUGGGAGCUCAGACCUCACGUCUGGCAAAGUCUUUAGCGAUUGUCGUACCUUCAGUGAAGAUGCAGCCGGGGGAAAUCUUAGCAUCUACCAAAGCAGCUCCAGGAGUCCCACAGAAUUCCUACAUCAAACCGAAGAGGGUGGCCACACGUCAGCCUUGCAGCUCAGGAGAGAGUGUUAAUCAGCAGGAACCCAGCAGAUCUCAACCACUCAACCUCAGCCAGACUACAGUUUCGUCAUCUCAAGACUCCACUAAUGGCUCGUCGCUGCGGCGCCAGCAGACGUAUCCGCCCUCUUCCUCUCAGUACCGCCUCCAGGAGGCCGUGUCUUUCACCAGUGCUCCCGGCCUAUACCCGUACCCCGGGUCCGCCCCUCGCACCAUGGAGCAGCUCCUCGUCCACGGCUCGUCCCCUUCCGUCCACGCUCCAGCCGGCCACUACGCACCCGGUCUGAUCCCCAAAGAGCCAGUGAGUGGCGUCGUCCAUGGAUUGCCCGCCCACUACCAGCAACAUUUCCCCGCCCACCCGUACGUGGGCCCAAACACCAGCACCACUAGAGGAAGCGGAACUUAUAGCGGCUAUCAGCUCAGUCCCGGUAGAGUUUCUCAGUAUCCGUACAUCUGAGGCUUGCCGUGGAGAACCAAGUGAGGCAUAGCGACCACCUCCUCAGACUUUCCCCUCGCCGUUGAAACUGCUGCAACCUUAACUGCUAUUAUCUAUUUAAUUGAACUAUUUUAGAGAUUUUUUUAAGGUUGAUAUUUAGAAAUAUUCUAUUUUACCGGUCUCAGUUUGUAUCCUUCUUACAAAGUCCUGCUAUCAGUUAGGGUUAAGUUUAUUUUCUUAGCACGAAAGAAAAUGUGUUAAAAUGACCUUCAUUAGCAAUAGAGGAACACUAUUAAAGAUGCUGACGCGAAGAGAGGACAGGCGUCAAGUACAGCGUGACUCCUGCUGUUCUCGGUCUACUACUAAAAGUUCCACACUAACCCUGUAACCCACUUUGACCCCCUUUAGAUUCGUUUUAAUGUUUUGUGUUCUGUUUAGGCCCUCUUUUAUAUCAUUUUAAGUUAUGUUCCCACUGUCUUUGUGUUUUACUUUAGUGGAAGCUGUGUACUGAAAUGACUGAAAAGAACUGGGAGAAAAAAGAAAAAAAAAAGAUGCCGAGCGUGUACGGUGCCCAUGUGGCUCCAUUAUUUAAAUCAAGACUUAAGUGUUAGUUAAUCCCAAGGCAAGGUAGAAGUGUAGGACGUAUGUUGUGCUAACGAUAGAUUUCGAACGAUUUCCUGGUUUUGUCUAGAGUCGUUUUUUAUCUUGUUGAAGUCCAUUAAUGCCUCUUGAGUUGGGGGAGCUUUAGAACUGUGAUCAUGUCAAAGCCAAUGAAAAUGUACUGACGAAUUUCCCUUCAGGAAAACAUGUUGAUUCGUUUGCUGAAUUGAUGUGCUGUUAAAACUCUGUUUGAUGCUGUUAGGAGGAGAAUGUCCUUUGCAGAAUGGAAUAUCUAACACCAAAAAAUAGGACCUGUCAAAGUCCAGGGCACAAUGUCGGUGAGCUUUUGAGCAUGUUUUUAAUGUCACCUGAAAAAGAAAAAAAAAAAAACCAGAUUCUGUGGUGAGGAAGGUUGACAUUAUUUGGUGACCAAGCACUGGCUCAGUGCGCAGAUCCUCUGCUCAGAAGAACACUGUCUGAACUUUAUGGUCUUAACUUGUUCUGCUCUCUGUAAGAUGAUGUGCCUUGACCUUCUUUCUCUCCAUGUUUGGCAGUUGAUUUUUGAAGUCAAGAGUGCAUUUUCACGUAGACUACAUGAAUACUGUGUGCAUUUUGUAAUGUUGAAUUGCAAACAUACGUCAGAAAGCCUCCGCUGUGAUACCAUCAAAUAAACAACACAAUUCGA